CAAACAUACAAACCUAUCACGGGACCGUCUUUUUCUCCUUUAUUGCUUUUAAGCAGUUGGGGUUUAUGCUACAAAGUAGUUACUUUUUUGAAUAUUUAAGAUGUCUGUGGGGUACGCAAUGUAUAGUUCAUCCGCAAUAAUAACAGCGGUAUUGAUUGGUAUAUUACUCUACUAUACUUUAACUGAUCAGCUUUAUAGAUUUGACAUUGGAUGGUUUCUGACAUCUCUGUCACCAUAUAUGUGGGCUAACUUGGGUAUAGCAUCGUCUAUAUCAUUUUCAGUUGUGGGAGCUGCCUGGGGCAUAUUUACAACUGGAACAAGUAUUGUAGGUGGAGGUGUAAAAGCACCUCGUAUAAAGACAAAGAAUCUUAUUAGCAUCAUUUUCUGUGAAGCUGUUGCAAUCUAUGGCAUCAUUAUUGCUAUAGUUGUUUCAAAUCAACUUGAAGCUUAUGACACCUCAAGCACUGACCCAGCAUAUAUAAAAAAGAAUUACAUUGCAGGCUAUGCUAUGUUUGGAGCUGGACUCACUGUUGGAUUUUCUAACUUGUUUUGCGGCAUCUGUGUUGGAAUCGUGGGAAGUGGUGCAGCUUUGGCUGAUGCGCAGAACUCUUCACUCUUUGUUCGAGUUUUGAUUGUUGAGAUCUUUGGAAGUGCUAUUGGACUAUUUGGAGUUAUCAUAGGAAUUCUGCAGACUACAAAAUUUGGAUUUGAGGCAACACCUACAUGAAAGAAGCAGGAAGCAAUUUUAUUACAAAUCAUAUAGGAUUUUAGAAAAUAAUUAUUGGUUUUGUCUGUGGUAAAUAAAUAAUCAAAUAAUAAAUAUUAACAUGCUCAAGUAUUUGAUAGAUAAUCAAGUUUAAAUAGUUUUGGUGAGUUUCUAUUUCUCAAUUUUCCUCAUGUCAAGGUUAUUGUUAAAACCAAGGUCCGGAGGGAAAAACAUUGAUAUGUUAGUAAAAAUCAUGUAUUAUGGGCUAUUGUGUAAAUAUACAAUAUUAUAAAUAUUAUUGAAUAUAGGAUUUUGAUUUAUAUGGAUGUUUAAACUUAAAUUUACAGUACUCAGUUAAACAGUUUGGGUGGCUAACAGAUGUUUUACCAUUCCAUCAAAAAACAAAUUGUUAUCGUAAGGAAAUGUGUGUAUUAUUAUUGUUGAUUUCCACUGCAGAAUGCAUUGUUCAGUAGUGCUAUGACAAUGGUAUUUCUCAGGUCAGGUGCUACUGACGUUAAUUAACAAUUAUUUGUAAGAGG